CCAACAUGUCUUCAUAGUUUCACAUUUUUAGUUUAUCUUAUUUUGGGAAUUACUAAUUAAUAUUAAGCAUUUUUUCGAAGAUAGACUGGGUACUGUACAGUACAUGAUGGAAAUAAUGAAUACGGUUUAAGUUCAUGAUAACUGGUAUUCAACUUAACUCAAUUGUAGACUCCAAUCCACUUUCUUGAAUCCUUUUUAUUAUAAUGCAGUUCAAUGCUAUUACAGCAGACAUACAAAACUGUUCUCUUAUUGACUAUUAAUGAUUAAUUCAAAUGAACUUUGUCUCUUUGCUUUAAGUUAUUUGUAUAUUGUAACUUCUCAAAUAUUACUAAGAUAUGGUAAUAUCUGAUGGCCCCGCUUGACACAUGCAAUACAAUUGAAUUAAUUCAAUUUAAUACAGUUGUUGCUUUCCAAUGUCAAAUUAGGCCCAUGUUAUUAUAUUGAAUUGUCUUUGUGAAUGUCUGUACUAGAAGCUUCCAACACCAAAGAAAAUUCCUUUUGUGUGCAAGCACACUUUGCAAUAUAUCUCUUCUGAUUCUGUUUCUGAUUACUGUCAGAUAACCAUGGGCGUAAAUCUCAUGUAACAGUAGUGGGGACAAUACACAUACUUUCUCAAGAGCAAUUUUUGAAGGGGACACAAAUAAUACAGUCAAAAUAGUACUAACUACGACACAAAUCGACAAUAUGCAUUAGGUUCAUAGGAUCAUCAUGCAGACUUGCAGUCAUAUUAUAACUGAACUGAACUGUCACAUACUGCAAUACAAGUGAACAAAAAAGCUUUUUUCCAUUUAUAUAUUUUUUGUCUCUGUUGUGAGGACAGGAAACAAAUAUAAAAACACUAGGCCUACUCAUGAUACUACUUGUUAACAAUGAGUCACUUUUUAAACACUUGUCAUCCUGAUUUAUACUGCAACAUUGUCUGACAAUGUUUAAUGUUUAAACUGAAAGUUUAUCUUAUCCGCCGCGCACAAACAGCACAAAGUAGAUGCUGAGAAAACAACCUUCUCCAACUGAAUGAAAGCUGUGCACCUUUAGUGGACGGUAGAUAUAGUGCCAACGUCACAAAACUGUAACCGGUAUGUUCGCGGCUGUGCGUGUCAAGGGACCUGAAUGGUAAGGAUCGGUGGCUAAUUGUGGCCGUUAAUGUUCACAUCAUGCCAGGUCGCCGAAAAUAUAACAAUGCAUGAGAAACUGCUUCGGCGUGUAAAUUGCAGUGUGUGACGUCCUAUGUAACUGGCUAACGUUUGCUAGCUAAGUAACGUUUUAAUCGCUAAAAUAGCAGAUUCAUGGAAAAAUACAUCGGUAAUCAGCAUUUAUUGAAACAACUAAUUUAUUAAUGAAUCAGGAUCAAAUACAUUAAGAAGAAUCACUUCAUUUAAAGUGAAUAAAAUAGCCUUCUUACUGGAGGUCAACAAACACUGAUGAACUGAGCCGCAUACCUGAUUUGUAUGUGUUGCGCAAUGCGCAGGUGAGAUGAACGGGGCAGUGGGCCAAACCACUGUGAGAGGCAAGGGAGGGGGAACUCAACAGUUUCUAAACUUGAGUUUGAGUUUGUAUUUUCUUCUAAUUACACAAUUAGUUUAGGUAAUAGAGAUAGUUUAUAGUUUAUGACGAUAGAGAAUGAGAGUUUAAUUGAUUUGAGGGGGGGACAUCCCUCGGAUGGAGGGGGACGUGUCCCUUCUGUCCCCUCCGGGAUUUACGCCCCUGCAGAUAACAGCAUUGCAAUACGUCUUUUUCAAUAUAGGCAAAAAUAUUAUUUUAAUUUGAUUUAUCAUAAAAAUACAGAAUUUGUUUCUUUCAACGUUUUAUUUGAUAAUGAUUAAACCAUUGUAGCGUGAAGGCAAGCAUAUUUUGUUGACACUAUUUUUUCCGACUCAAGUCGGAACCUUUAUUAUCGAGCGCUCGAGACACACGGACUGUUUUUCCAGACGCACCGCUGCGCCCAAGAGAGAUCAGUGCAGGUAAGAGCUCAUUUUUUUAAAUUCCUAAUUUAUUUAACGUUUUAAUUGGACAGUUGUUAAUUUAUGACAUUAUUAUAUUGUUCCUGAUGGAGGUCGUUCACUUUACAGUGCUGCCCUCCGCUCCUGCGUGUGUAUUAAGGCAGGUCUUGCAUGAAAUCCUUGACAGUUUAUUACUGUAACGUUAAUUACUGUUGCAGUUUUGUACUUUGACACGUAUGUUGUGUCUCAAUGGACACCGGGCUGGCCGAAAAUGUUUUUGUAUCUUUUCUGGUUUUCGUUUGAGCUGUUAUACAUGAUGUUGUUGACUAUGGCUCAAGCAGACAGCAGGGCUCUGGCUUUAGGGGUUCUGGCAGGAGCUGCAGGUAUCAGUCUGGCUGUCGUCUGCUUCCGCAGAGUUGGAGCUGGUGGAGGCAGAGUCCCUCAGCUGAGCAGUCAUGUGGAUCAUGUAGAUGGUCGUUUUGGGCUACAAACAGGUGAGUCAGAAGUGCUGGAUCGGCUGGGCGCUCUGAUCCAUUGUGUGUCUGAGCUUAAAGAAGAGGUGCGAGCCCUGAAGGAAGCGCUUCCACACCUACAAGACAAUGUGAGAGUUCAGCUGAGGGGUCCGAGUGGGGAGGAUGUUGGUGCUCGCCGGGUCAGUCCCCUUCAUAGAACUCCCACCAGAAGGAAAAGGGCGGGUGUCACAGCGAGGAUUGAAGGACAAAGCUCAGAAGAUGCAGAGAGUGAAGGAGGGUAUAUAACUGCACUGACAGAUUCAGAUGAAGAGCAAAGCGAUGAAGAUCUAAACAGGACAGUGAAGGAGCCGGUGGAUGAUCUCACAUCCCUACUGCAGAAAGCCGACUGUCUCCACAGCUGUAACGGAACAGAGAAAGCACAGGGCCUGGAUUUACUUCUAGAGAAGAAAGAGGAGUACAAUGAGAAGUGCCAGUAUCUUUGGCGGUUGUCCAGAGCCUACGCAGAUGCCCACGAUUGUGCUGUGGACCUUGCAGAGAAAAAAAGAUGUGCUGAAAACGGUAAGAAGAUUGGCGAGGAGGCAAUUUCCAUCAAUCCACUGAGUGCGGAAAGUCAUCAGUGGUAUGCUAUACUCUGUGGACUCCUGUCAGAAUAUGAAUCUAUCCAGAAUAAAAUAAAAAAUGGCUAUCUUUUUAAGGAUCAUCUUGAUAAAGCGAUUGAGCUGAAACCCGAGGAUCCUUUAUCAUAUUACCUGUUGGGUCGCUGGUGUUAUGCCGUGGCACAGUGUACAUGGAUCGAGAGGAAAAUCGCUGCCACUUUGUUUGGAGAGCCGCCAAGUGCAACGGUUCAGGAUGCCCUGCAGAACUUCCUUAAGGCAGAAGAGAUCAGUCCCAAAUACUCCAAAUACAACUACGUGUUUUUAGUCAAGUGUUACAAAGACAUGGGUCAGAGGACUCAAGCCCGUCAGAUGUGCGACGCCGCCUCAGCGAUGAGCGUCGUGACUAAAGAGGAUGAAGAAGCGCAGAAGGAAUUGGUCUCUCUUGUCUCAUCUCUAUAAUAAAUCUCCAGCGAAAGGGAACAAAGGCGUCUUUCUUUGUGUUCCAUCUCAGUGGAACUGUGAGUGGACUGUUGCCGUUUAUCCUCAGCGUUUGAAUACACAUGAACUACAGAUGUUGGCCAGUCAAGAUGUGCGGAAAACUAUUUAUGUGCAUUUAAAGUGCCACCAUUUAAAGGGUACACAUCAGCAAUACUGUUUUUACUUGACACGCACAAGAACAAUGUGGUUUUUACUGGUCAUGCACCAUUGUGUGCAUUUCUUCAGGACACUUUCUUUUCAUUCUGCCUUCUUUUAUUUUUGAGGUUGCAGCAAAGCUACAAUACAUUCUCGGGAGCAGCUGUUAUAAUUUGUCAAUUCAUAACCUUAAUAAUCUUCAAAUAGCCACAAGGCACAAGGGAUGAUGUUAUCUUUCAUGUGAUGUAAAGAAAGUCUUCUACUCGGGUGAAAUGCCCAGUGGCCGAUUUACUGUAAGUGCAAUGAAACCCUUAAACAAUGAAAAUCCCUUAGCAAGUAAAAAAGAGGUUUCAAGAUUCAUAGAAUUAUGUCAUUGGAUUUCCGUGACUAUUGUGAACAGCGCUCAUCCUCCGACAGACAAUAGUCUCAUGUAUCCACUUUUCAUUAGUGGCGUAAAGUCUGGUGCAGUUUACGGUUUGUUCUGACCAAGUCUGAUCUUUCCUGCCAACUGAGACAGGAAAGAUCUGUUUUGCAUGAAAAGAGAAACAGACGUAUUUGUGUUUUACAUGCUGAUUUGAUAACUGUUUAAACUAGAUAAUGUAAAUAGAUUAAAUAAUCUAUCAUGGAUAAAAAUGAGAUUAGCAGAAUUCAGUCAAAUGUCAUAUUUUUUGGAGAUAUGUAGUUAAAUUGUACUGUAAAUCUUUUCAGGAUAAGGGUACUCCAUCUAGGUUCUCUGUGGUGGGUAAUGUGUUAUUGUUUGUAUUUCAUACUUUGAUAGCUGGGAUGUUCAUUUUGAAUCAUAUCAUAUAUACUGUAUAUAUAUAUAUUUAUAUACAUCAUUUUUUUGACCAAAGAUGAUUAUUAAAUCCCCUCCACCAACUUCAUCAGACACAUUUUGGCGUACUGUAAAUGGAAGGUUUCAUUUUAUCCUCUUAUGGUGUUGUUUUUUGUGUUUAUAGUGAUAAUCCAGCAUUAAGAAUGUAAUAGGUUUAAAUAUGUGAAAUGUAUAUGAAAAUGGUGCUUUUUAGAAGAAUAAUUUGUACAUUACAUUUGAAACUGAUCAAAUUGGUUAAUGUUACGGUAUGUGCGAGGACCACUGCUGCUCAAUAUAAAAAUAUAAUGAAUUUUAAGCAAAAUAA